AUGGCGGGCUGGUUCGGGUCCUCGACCACCAGCGCGCUCGACGAGCAGAUCGAGCGCGCGACAUCUUCGAGCUUAGAGGACAUGCCCCUCAACCUCGAGAUUUCCGACGUUAUUCGCUCCAAGACAGUGCAGCCUAGAGAUGCCAUGCGCGCAUUGAAGAAGAGGAUAGGGAAUAAGAACCCCAACGUCCAACUUGCCACUUUGAAUCUUACCGACACGUGCGUCAAGAACGGUGGCGCUCACUUCAUCCAAGAGAUAGCUUCACGAGAGUUCCUCGACAACAUGACCUCCCUACUUAAAGCACCUCCGACCGUCGCACCCAACAACGAUGUGAAGAACAAGAUGCUCGAGCUUAUACAAUCGUGGGCGACUGCUGCUGAAGGGCGCAUCAACCUGAGCUACAUCAACGAGGUCUACCACAGUCUGCAACGAGAAGGCUACCACUUCCCUCCAAAGGAGAACAUCUCUAGUAGUAUGCUCGACAGCAGUGCGCCCCCAGAGUGGACCGACUCCGACGUUUGCAUGCGAUGCCGUACGCCCUUUACCUUCACGAACCGAAAGCACCAUUGUCGCAACUGCGGAAACGUCUUUUGUGGCGCAUGUUCGAGCAAGAGCAUCCCGCUACCCCAUCUCGGUAUCAUGGACCCUGUGCGCGUCGACGAUGGCUGCCAUGCGAAGCUUACCGAGAGAUCGCGAGGAACACCGCUUCUUAGGGUAUUCGAUACGCCUAAACCACAAAGAACGCUAUAUCAGGGAUCAAUGGAGCCGCGAAAUGCGCGCGUCGAGGACAGCUUCGAUGCAGACUUGAAGCGAGCGCUGGAGAUGAGUUUGGACGAAGCCAAGGGCAACAGUUCGUCCGGAUUCGUACCUCAGUCUCAGUUGCAGUCGCAAUCCAAACCGACCAAUGGGACGGCUAAGAGGCAACCCGAGGAGGAGGAAGAUGCCGACCUAGCUGCCGCCAUUGCAGCUUCUUUGGCAGACAUGGAGGAGCAGAAGAAGAAAUAUGCCACGACCUUCCGAGAACAAGCCUCCAAUGCGAGUGGUUCAGCACCUUUCGUUGCACCCAAGAACGACUAUGAGCUGACUCCGGUUGAGGCGGAGAACAUCAACUUAUUCUCCACACUGGUUGACCGGUUACAACACCAGGCACCUGGCACUAUCCUACGGGAACCACAGAUACAGGAGCUGUACGAGAGCAUCGGAAAGCUUAGACCGAAGCUUGCGCGUACCUAUGGCGAGACUAUGAGCAAGCACGACACACUGCUUGACCUACACGCCAAGCUGUCAACUGUUGUCCGAUACUACGACCGCAUGCUCGAGGAAAGACUAUCGAGCACCUACAACCAGGCCAACGCCAUGUAUGGUCUCCCUGUCUCCACCCAACGGGCUCCAUCCAACCUUUACCCCAGCAUACAGCAGUCGGGAGCACCAGAUGGAUCAGGCGAGAACUAUUACACAGGAAACGCAGCCCCUUCAGGCGCAUACGGACAACCGCAAUCGCAAUACGGUGGCGGCUAUCAAGCACCCUAUCCCAACUUCGACAAGCGUCCACAGUCCUAUGCUCCGCCUCAAGAUCAGUACCAGCAACCAUCACAGCCAUACCCCAACUUUGCGCAACCGCCACCUAACACGUCGUAUCCGAAUCCUGCCUCGCCACAACUGCAGCGCCAAGUAUCGAAUCAGCAAUAUCCCCCACAACCGUCCUCUGCAUAUCCACCACAAGCACCUCCCUCCGACGCGGAAAGUGCUAGCUUUUACUACGGUGAGAACGCCGCAGCACAACCAUCUCAACCGCCCAUGCAACGAACUCAAAGCUACGGCUCUCAGCCUUCGCAGCAACAACAACAGCAACCACUUUCUCCACAAGCAUAUACUCGUGUCCCACCACAGCAGACACCCAUUUCACCGCCCGCGCAACCUGCGACUGCGUGGCAGAACCCGCCAUAUCCCAGGCAAGAUCAGCCACAGGCCCCCCAACAAGCACCUCCACAGCAGCAACAGCAAGCUCCGCAGCAGGCAGCGCCGCCACCACAACAGUACUGGCAACAGCAGCAACAAGCGCCCCAGCAGCAGCAGUCUUCAGCCUGGCAAUCAGCGCCUUAUGCGACAGGUGGGUAUGGACCUGAGAGUUUCCCAUCAGCGCCGCAGAAUCAAUUGCCGGCUCAGCAGCAGAAGGUUGUUGAUGAGCCCUUGAUUGAUUUGUAG